CUCGAAAAUGCUUGGCUCGCUCAAUGCUAUACACUCUCAACUCAGUGUAUCCAGCCUACUCCAUGUACAGUGUCUGGCAAGAGGAGGUCCAUUCAGAGUCACUGCCAUGUCCUCAAGCAUCGCCAUGUUCAUCCCUUGUCCCUCGGGUUCAUCCAGCCACUGACUGGGUCAACAUACAAUAAGUCAUUUGAGGCUGGCUUGGCUUUUUUCUGUUUAUAUCCUCAUUGUGUGCCUGACUCCCACCGCCGGUCAUUUCUCGGCGAUCAGAUGUUUAAGCUUAUAUCUCACGUGGGCUGGGAAGAAGGAACAGUGACGUGGAUUAAAUCAACAAGCUUGCAACUUCAAUUUCGGCAGAUUCGCCGUGGUGCGGGCAUGUCCGACUGAAGCGCGGGGUUCCGGAUGAAGGAAGGGCCAAUCAAUCUGCUGCUGCUGCUUCUGCUGCUUCUGCUGCUUACCUACAUCAAACACAACACAUCAUGGGCAGUGCUCUGUCUAGACCCGCCAUCCAGCUGAAAGUAUCGGAUGAGGAGAAGCAGGUGGACGGGAAUGACGACGGUGCCCCGCGACAGAUGACAUGGACCCAGUGGUUGUUCGGGAGUGGUGCAUUUCCUAACCAGCAUUCCUCCCCGACCCCCACCUCCUUCACCACCACCUCCUCCUCCUCCUCUCAUCGCUCCCAUGCCGACGACGAGUUCAAAUCUAUAUACACGAAGGAGUGGCAUUGGCGUCAGGAGGAACAUCUGGAAGCAGGUGAAGACGAUCACGAUGCGGUUGAACCAUGGUUACCAGUGGUCGAUCCCGAGACGCAACAACGACGAUUGACAUACUGGAAGGGGAUCCUUCACUCCCUUGACAAGAUUGAACCUUCACGUCUAUCCAGGGAAGAACGCGUCAACUAUGGUGUAUACAAAUACCAGAUCGAAACGUUUGUCGAUCAGAUCGUCUACAAAGAAUACGAAAAACCUCUGAAUGGGGAUACCGCCUUUUGGUCCAAUCAAGCGUAUGUAGCCAGAAUGGAUUUCACCCAUCGAGGGGAUUACGACAACUACCUUCUUCAAAUGGACCAGCUGCCUAGGUACUUUGAUCAACAGAUCGACAACAUGCGAGCGGGUCUCAAGAGGGGAUUCACCGCACCCAAAAUCACCCUGGAAGGUCGAGAUGCGACCAUCUUAUCCGUCACGGGCGCGACGGGUCAAGACAAUCUCUAUUAUACGCCAUUCAAAAAGAUGCCUUCCUCCAUCUCGGCAAAGGAUCAAGAAAUGCUUCGAAAUAAUGCCUUGUCCAAAAUUGAACACAUUGUCCUGCCUACCUAUCACAAACUCUUGACUUAUUUCCAAAACGAGUACUAUCCCAAUGCUCGAGAGGAUCUAGCGGCAGAGGACCUUCCCAAUGGUAAGGCUUACUAUCAGUCCAAGAUCAAGGAAUUCACCACGACGACAUUGACGCCGAAGGAGAUCCACCAGAUCGGUCUCCAAGAAAUCGAUCGGAUCAACAAGGAGAUGCAACAAGUCAUCAAAGAUGCAAACUUUCACGGAACAUUUGACGAAUUCCUCGAUUUCCUCCGCAAAGAUCCUCAAUUCUACGCCAAAACACCAGACGACCUACUGAAGGACGCAGCGUGGAUCGCCAAAGAAUUUGACGGGGUGGCUUCGAAAUUCUUUGGUCGAUUACCAAGAGAACGAUUCGCCAUUAUCCCCGUUCCACCUGAUGUCGCUCCUUUCUACACUUCGGGUCGUGGCGGACCAGGUGUCUACCUCGUCAACACGUACGAUCUACCCUCGAGAGCUCUAUACUCCCUUCCCGCAUUGACCCUGCACGAAUCGGCUCCUGGGCACUGUUUCCAGAUGUCGCUCGUCAAAGAGCACGAGUUGCCUCAUUUCCGAAGUGCCUACAUUUCGGCCUAUGGUGAAGGAUGGGCACUGUAUUGUGAACAUCUCGGAUCAGAGAUGGGCAUCUAUCACACACCUUAUCAAGUGUUCGGCAUGCUGAGUUAUCAAGCUUGGCGAGCUGCGAGAUUGGUAGUGGAUACCGGGGUCCAUGCCAUGGGAUGGACGAGAGAACAAGCUCAAGAUUACGUCAAGAACAACACGGCCUUGUCAGCUCACGAAGUGGAGACGGAAGUGGAUCGUUACAUCUCCUGGCCUGGUCAAGCUUUGGCAUAUUACCUAGGUAUGUUGGAGAUCAAACAGGCCAGAGCACAUGCAGAGGAAAAGCUGGGGGACAAGUUUGACAUCAGGGCGUUCCAUGAUGCCUUGUUACAGACUGGGUCAAUCCCUCUCCCAUUGUUGAAAGAGUACAUGGCGAGGUGGGUGAAGGAUGGAGGCAAGUCACCAUAUGAGGUAUAGGCAGAGAACGUAUGUAGAUAGCUGGUAAACUUUGGUCAUCGUCUCUCUCCCUGGAGAUGUGUAUGCAGUAGCGAGGAAUGAUUGUGUAAUUGUUCAGACUCGCACGAUGACAUAGACUGUACAAUGGGCCUGUGCAACGAAAAUGCCGCUUCAUUCGGUGUUGAACACGGUGAACCUUCGGUGAGACGCUACUGGGACUCGGCAUCGAUUUUCCCGCCCCGAAGGCAGGCAGACGUACGACUCUUCUCCGUCGGGCACCGGGCACGAGAUCUGUCAUUCAAGCCGGAAUGAUGGCGGAUGCGUAAAAAACACACC